AUGUCGUAUAAAAUUGGACAGCGUGUCGAGGUUCCUAGUAAAGACUGUCAAGGAGUAAUUGCUUAUAUUGGUCAUCCGACUUUUGCUUCAGGAAAAUGGAUCGGUGUCAUACUUGAUGAGCCUAAAGGAAAAAAUAAUGGAACUAUCAAGAAUCAAUCUUAUUUUAAAUGUGCUGAAAAUCAUGGAAUGUUUGUACGACAAUCUCAACUCAUUUUAUUGGAUGAAGCAGGUAAUAGAACCGAACCUGCUAGCCCAUCUUCAGCAGGCAGUAGUGCAACAACACCAGAUGAGAUCAGUGCAGCACGUGCUAGAAGUCGGUUGAAUAGCGUUAGUACACGUCGAAGGAAUGAACCUACUGCAGUACGGAGAAAAGCAUCUCCUGCCCAUAACAGGCAGCAAUCUGACAAGCUAUCUGGCUCAAGACUAUCAUUGGCUGGUAGUAGAACACUUUUAAGUGCUAGAAGUACAGAAAGUUUAUCUGGAUCACAACAUGAACGUAAAGAUGGAGGAGAGUCACUUAUACCAGCACCAACUUCCACUAAACGAGCUUCAUUUAUUGAGAAGUCCCCUAGCACGAGCUCGCCUCCCGGCAAAAAGCCAAAGGCCCAAGAUGAUCACAAUAAUACAGGUUUUGUAGAGACUUUGAAACCACAAUUUGUACCUGGUCAAGUAAUGGCAAAAAAAUUAAUGCAACGUUCAAUAAAUUAUUGUUUAAUGUAUUCGUAGGUUCGCGAUCUGACUGAAAAAGUGGAAACUUUACGAGUAAAGAGAAUGCAAGAUAAAGAAAGAAUGAAAGACUUUGAGAAAACAAAGCUUCAACUUGACCAACUUCUCGAAUUUAAAACGAAAGUUAUGGAGAGCCAGGCCGGUCUUCAAAGGGAGAUUCAACGAGCGCGUCAGGAAGCAAGAGAGGCACACGCAGCUCGAGAACAGUUUCAAGAAGAAAUGGCAGAUCUUGCAGAAACUGUAGAAAUGGCAACAUUAGAUAAAGAGAUGGCAGAAGAAAAGGCUGAAACAUUGCAAAUUGAAUUGGAACAACUGAAAGAAAAAUUAGAAGAACAAACAUUGGAUCUUGAAAUAUUACGAACAGAAAUGUCUGACAGGGCUGCAGGAGGUGGUUCAGCUGGUGGUGUUUCCAGUUACGAGAUAAAACAAUUAGAACAACAAAACAAUCGAUUACGAGAAACUCUCGUUCGGAUGCGAGAUCUUUCCGCACACGAGAAACAUGAAUUUCAAAAACUUCAAAAAGAUUUAGAUCAAAAGAAGUCGGAAAUAUUAGAACUCGGUCGCACAAAGGAAAAAUUGUCUUCACGAGUAGAAGAAAUGGAACAUCAGAUAGCGGACUUGCAAGAACAAGUAGAUGCUGCUUUGGGUGCUGAAGAAAUGGUCGAAGUACUUGGUGAGAAAAAAAUGAUGCUGGAGGAGAAAGUGACAGAAUUGGAAGAAGCUGUAGCAGAUUUAGAAGCAUUACAGGAUAUGUCCGAUCAACUUGCUGAAUCAUCGAAAGAAUUAGAAUUAGAGUUGCGGGAAGAAUUGGAUUUAGCUGUUGGAGCAGCACGUGAUGCUUAUCGGCAUCGAGAUGCGGCAUUAGAAACAUUAGCGGAUCGUGAAUUAACAAUUACAAAGUUCCGCGAACUCACGCGUCAAUUACAGGAACAGUGUUUACAAUUGCAGCAACGCGUACAAUCAACAGAAAGCUCGAAGCUUGGUGUAGGAGGCACAGAGCAACAAUUAGCAGAAAUUUUAGAUUUCCAAAAGACUUUCGCCGAAACCCGAGCGCACACAAAGGCUGUCGAUCUUGAAUUACGACGAUUAGAAGUCGAAGAAGCACGAAAUCACGUGAAAUAUUUAUUAUCCUUUAUGAGUCCAGCAUUUUUAGCGCGCGGUGGAGAUCACGAUGCUAUUCUAACGCUUCUGCUUAUACCAAGAAUGAUACAAAAAACCGAGAUACUUAUAUCACAGGUGCGAGAGAAAUAUAGAUCGCUGGAUAAGAUAGAUAGAGCGGCUGUGUUGAAGGGUCAUUUGGUAGCACAAUAUACCUUCAGAUCGCGUCUAUGUUCAUAUAUGUACGCGCUACAAACGUUCCUCGGUUGCUUCGAGUCCGCACUGAGUGUUUGUACAUCUGAAAUGUUACUUAAAGUUGGAGCAGCUUUCCCAGAAAUGGCAGCGCAGGAAAAAUCUUUAGAUGCUUUGAUAGAUUUGGCCAAGAGAGAUCAAUUAGAUGAGAAUCUACCAAUGGAUGCCAUCGAUAAGUGUUGCGGAUACUUUUGUACUAUGUUCUCCGUGUUAUUCGGAGAAACCAUUAACCAAGCCCGCUUGGUAGUUAAUAGUACGAGAAUGUUGGAAAGCUCUUGCGAAGCCAUUACAACGGACGCCGCGGCCAUUAAGACUCUAAUUCAGGGAGACAGUGGCGACAUAGGUCUUCUUUGUCAACAUGCGGAGACGACGUGCGAAGUAAUUCAGCAACACUUAAAAUCUGCUAGAAGAAGAGUAUUCACGGACCAUGCUGCUGCACUUCAUGCAGCCGAAUCUAAUUUGGGACUGGAGAAAGAUUCAAGUGAACAAGUUUCUACGUGUUAUCACCAUGCUAUGAAAAUGAUGAAAACUUUGCAGACUUUCCUGAAGAGUGCUGUGCAAGCAAUUAUCACGAACGGCGAUUUAGAUACAGGACUCGGUGCGGAUAAGUUGAAGGAAAUGAUCUCCAUAGCGUGCGAGAAGGUUUAUGAUACCGAAGAUGUUGGACCUGUAGCUACUAUUAAAGGAAGUUUGACAGUCGUUCAACAAUUAGCCGCCAAUCUAGCACAAAAAAUGGCCGAAUGUGAAAACGAGAUAGCGAUAAGUGGACAAUUAUCGCAACAACAAGAACAAAAUCUAGAUAAUGAAUCUAUACACCCUAUUAAAGUAAGAGCGCAAGUAGCGAAAAAGGAAGCCGAAGAAAUUAAGAUACUCAGUCGGAAACUGGAGACAAGAGAUAACGAUAUCCUCGAAGCGAGAUUAACUCUCAGAGAGAAACAAGAAGAAUUAUGUCAAAUGAUUUUAAGGAAGGAUGUUGCGGAGAAAAAGUUUGCGAAUCAGCAGCGCGAGCAUGAAUUAAAUGUAGAAAAAUUGAAGAGAAAAUUAGACGAGGCAGUGAACCAACUGAAACGAAAGGAAAAAGAAUUUGAAGAAACGAUGGACCACCUCCAAACGGAUAUCGAUAGUUUGGAAAUUGAGAGAGGUCAGUUAAAGGAAAAGUUAAAAUCUGUCGGAAAGAAGACGAUGAUGUCUGUGUCCGGAGUAGAUAACAUGUCCGGAAAUGUGACAGCAACAUCUGAAAUUCAAUCGUUAGACACCAAAUUCUUGAUGCAAGAAAUAAUCGCUCUUAAGGAAGCUUUGAACAGUGAAAACCAACAAAAGAAGAAAUUAAUGUCUGGCGUAUUACGUCAAAAAUUGGAGAGCUUAGAUCCGAUAACUCCUUCGUCAGAAUCAAGAUCAAUUAAUGCUAAGAUACAGGAAUUGAAACAAAAAACUAACGACCUAAAUAAAGAUAUUAAACAAGCUAUGACAUUCCCUGUCGUUCCUGAUUUAAGACGUAAUAAGGCACAUGAUUUGGAAGGUCCGAUAUUAAAGCACACAAUGCCAAUUUAUCAAUUGUUAAAACAGCAGAUUGCUAUGAAAGAAUUAAAAGAACGAGCUGAUCACUUGAUCGACGAAGUUCUCGAAGAGGUUAUAAAGAAAACAGUAGGUGGAAUGGCCGAAGCUAAUUUCGCUGUAUUCCCUAAUCGUGAAAUGGCUGCGGCAAUACAAGAAAGUCAAUUGCUCGCUGCAGAAAUUACAAUUCCACAGAAAGAUGGUCAAAGACAAGUUCUUACCGUCAAUGUAGGAACGCAGGAACUUAGGAAAAUUCAUACUUUGCUGUGCUAUUAAUUUUCAUUUGCUGAUUCUUAGUAUUAUAUACUUAACAUGGCAGAAUAUGCUACCACAGAAAGUGGUAAGUGCAAUAUGAUUCAACGUAAAACAUUAAUUUAUAUAUAGCCUUCGCUUCGUGAUCACGUGCACCAUAGGCUGUGGUAGUCAAUAAUAUUCUGUUGUACUUAUACACGAUUAAUCUACAUGUAUUUUAUAUGUAAAAAAAACGAACAAUUGAUUUUUGUAUAUCCGAUGAAAGGAACGGAUUAAAUCUACCAACAAUACCAUAAUUUUGGAGCGUGCGAUUUUUAUUUAUUUUCGAAUUGACUACAGCACGAUGACCGGUGCAUUGUAGCUGGUAGUCUGCAGCAUUUUGUUACCUUAUAAACUCAAAUAUUAUUACUAUUAACAAUUUGAACGAUAAAGUUAUACGCCUCUAUGGCUUCUGUAUAAUAUCUUUUAAGAAUCGUCAAAUAUAUGACUUAAAAAUAUUUACAUAAAUAUCCUUUACAUAUCCCAUGUGUCAAGAAUAUCGCAACACAGUUUUCGGGAGCAAGUAUAUCGUCCACUUUGAACAACAUGUUACUACCAUUCUGGG